AUGAGUAAAGUUAUGCAGCAGGCUGCUCCAUCCUCUUUUGUGGGACAUUUUGCAACAGCGAGUGAUUGGGCAUCGUUCAACAGCGUGUAUUGCCUUGCUCAAUGCAUCCCUGACAUUGAGGUAUAUGAGAUAAAACAAGCUGUAGAAUCCUUGCAAUAUGAAUUCAGCAAGAUCAGGGCAGCAACACGUAACUUUGCCGCGGAUAACAAACUUGGAGAAGGCGGGUUUGGUGAAGUCUACAAGGGAAAACUCGAGAAUGGACGAGAAAUAGCUGUAAAAAGACUAUCAGAAAAAUCUGAACAGGGAGUAGCAGAGUUCAAAACCGAAGUUAUCUUAGUUGCAAAACUUCAACACAAGAACUUGGUCAAGCUAUUAGGAUUUUGUGUGGCAUUAAAGGAAAAGAUACUAGUUUACGAGUAUCUUCCUAAUUCAAGUUUGGAUCGAUUUCUAUUUGAUAAAAAGAAGCAAACAUCAUUAACCUGGGAAACAAGGUUCAAAAUCAUAGUUGGUAUUGCAAGAGGGCUUUUGUAUCUUCAUGAAGAUUCUCCACUCAAAGUUAUUCAUCGAGAUCUUAAAGCAAGUAAUAUAUUAUUGGAUGAACAUAUGAACCCAAAGAUAUCAGAUUUCGGCCUUGCAAAACUAUUCAAAGUCAAUCAAAGUCAUGGUGAUACUAAUCGAAUCGUCGGGACAUAUGGUUAUAUGGCUCCUGAAUACGCAAUAACCGGUCAUUACUCUGUAAAAUCAGAUAUUUACAGCUUUGGAGUCAUUGUCCUUGAAAUAUUGAGUGGUGAAAGAAAUAGAUACUUUCGAGGAUUGCAGCUUGAAGAGGCACUAUUACAUCGUGCAUGGAGGUUGUGGAUUGAGAACAAGGCUUACGAUUUGAUAGAUGAAGCGUUUAAAGAUAACUGUCCAAUAGAAGAAGUAAUGAAAUGCAUCCAAAUUGGUCUGGUAUGUGUCCAAGAAUAUGCAGUAGAAAGACCGAGCAUGAACUCAAUUGUUGCCACCCUUAGUGGACAAUCUAUUAGCUUUCCGGUGCCAAAGCCGCCACAUUUCUUUAGCUUAACGAAUGGCUUAGAAGAAGAAGAUAAUCAGAGGUUGGACAACAUAAGUAAUCCCCUUAUUAAUGUGUAUACAGGCACUGGGAUGAUUACCGAGUUAUGUCCUCGUGACUAAACAUGAGUUUUUACUAGGAAUAAUUAAUAUGUUUUGCAUGUAUUAAGAAAAUAAGAAACAUUUGCUUUUCAAUGGUCAAACUUGCUACCCUUUGAUCAUAUAUACUUACAAUU